CCGGCAUCUCGGUGGUGGCUACUUCCGGUGGGGCCUGGAGCCGGCGGGCGGAGGCGCCGGGAUGGGGCGCGGCGGGGGCCGGGAGGCAGGCGGCGAGGGCUGAGCCCCACGCGCGGUGCCCCCCCAGGGCGGGGGGGGGGGGGGCCAGUGAUGGUGUCGGUGACGAUGGCGACGUCGGAGUGGAUCCAGUUCUUCAAGGAAGCGGGGAUCCCCCCCGGCCCCGCCGUCAACUACGCCGUGAUGUUCGUCGACAACAGGAUCCAGAAGAACAUGCUGCUGGACCUGAACAAGGAGAUCAUGAACGAGCUGGGCAUCACGAUCGUGGGGGACAUCAUCGCCAUCCUCAAGCACGCCAAAGUCGUUUACAGGCAGGAGAUGUGCAAGGCGGCCACCGAGGCGCUGAGCCCCCCGAGCGCGCCGGCGGAGCUGCGCCGCAACGCCAGCAGCGCCGCCUCCCGCAUGAUCGCCAACAGCCUGAGCAGGGACUCGCCGCCCGCCACCCCCGCCCGCAGGCCUGACGCCUCCAAAAUCUCCGUCACCGUCUCCAACAAGCUGGCGGCGAAGAGCGCGGGUCUGCACGAGGAGGAAGCCGGGAGCCCCGUGCCGGUGCCGGCCAAGCGGCGCCGCGUGACGGCGGAGAUGGAGGGCAAGUACGUGAUCACCAUGCCCAAGGGCACCACGCCGCGCACCAAGAAGAUCCUGGAGCAGCAGGCGGCCAAAGGUUUGCAGAGGACGUCGGUUUUCGACCGCCUGGGAGCCGAGACGAAGGCGGACGCGGCGGCGGCUGGCAAGCCCACAGGGGUGUUCAGCAGGCUGGGCGACACGCCGGCCGGCGACAAGAACGCGGAGAGCGACGACGAGGGCUCCGUCCUGCCCUACGCCGGCGUCCUCAAGAAACCCCCCAAGGACGCCCCCGACGCGGGGAAAAUCAUCAAAGCCAAAGCCCAAACCUCGGAACCCCCCCGGCACCGCGCCGGGGGCAAGGCGCAGCCCCCCAAAACCAGCCUGGAAGCUCAGGACAGCAGCGUCAGCAGCAGCCGGAGCAAAAAGCAGCCCGAAUUUCGGGUGACGAUCAAGAGGACUUGGGGCAGCGCCAAGGUGAGCAGCAGCAGCGACGCCCUGAGCGCGCGCAUGGACGACGCCGGCGCCGUCAGCGUCUUCCAGAGACUGGGGAAGAAAGCGGACUGACGCCCGCCGCCGCGCUCCGCGUGUCCGAAACCUGGGCGUUCCGUCCCGGUUUUGUUCAAAAUCCGGGUUUGUCUUACAGUUUUGAUCAAGUUCUGGGCUUAACUUCAGAGUUCUGUUCGAAAUCUGGAUUUGUUUUCACGGUUUCGUUCAAAUUCUGGGCUUAUCUUCACGGUUUUGUUCAAAAUUUGGGCUUUCCAUCCCAGUUUUGUGCGAAAUCCAGGUUUAUUUUACAGUUUUGUUCAAGUUCUGGGCUUAUCUUCAUGGUUUUGUUUGAAAUCUGGAUUUAUUUUCAUGGUUUUGUUCAAAUUCUGGGCUUAUCUUCGCGGUUUUGUUCAAAAUCCGGGUUUAUUUUCACAGUUUUGUUCAAAAUCUGGGCUUUCCAUCCCAAUUUUGUUUGAAAUCCAGGUUUAUUUUCAUGGUUUUGUUCAAGUUCUGGGCUUAUCUUCAUAGUUUUGUUUGAAAUCCGGGUUUAUUUUCAUGGUUUUGUUCAAAUUCUAGGCUUCCCAUCCCAGUUUUUUUCGAAAUCCGGGUUUAUUUUCACGGUUUUGUUUGAAAUCCAGGCUUAUCUUUACAGUUUUCUUCAUAUUUUGGGCUUAUCUUCAUGGUUUUCUUCAAAUUCUGGGCUUCUCCUCCUGGUUAUAUUCAAAUCCUGGGCUUAUCUUCAUGAAUUUCUUCAAAAUCCAGGCUUACUUUUCCGAUUUUGCUCAAAAUCCGGGCUUCUUCACCUGGUGUUGUUCAAAAUCUGGAUUUAUCUUCCCAAUUUUGUUCAAAAUCCAUGUUUCUCCUGGCUUCCCCCUUUCUUCCCCACUCACCACAUUGAUGGGGGGAAAAUUAUUUAAAAAAAAAUGAAUUUCCUGCACUUGCUGCACUUAACGUUUUUCCUUUCUUUUUCCUAUUUUUUCCUUUUUUUUUUUUUUUGCUUUUUUUUUUCUUAUUUUUUUUUUCUCCCCUGGAGGUUCUUUCUUAUAUCUAAGACCCGGAGCAGAUUUCGCAGAGCCGGGAUGCUUUUUUGGAGCAGCCCAAAAAAAAGGCAAAAUCUCCCCAAAACGGCUCACGGUUGCCACGCGCGCUGCUUGCAGGCCCCUAAAAUCGCUGAUUUUGCACACCUAAAAUCGUGUUUGCUGCCAGCCCGUCCCCAAAAUGGGUGCAUUUUCCCCAAAACGGGCACCAGGGACUUAGCCCAAAUGCCAGAUUUGUCCCCAAAUCAACCCCCAAGCUGUGGCUCUGUGGGCGUUGACUUUGGGUUGAAACCACGAGAUUUAGGAUCUCGCCAAGCAUCCCUCCUGCUCUGCUUCCCAAAUUUCCUUAUUUUUCCCGUUUCACACCCGGGGAGAAGCUCUUUUUUUGCCGGUUUGGUUGCGUUUGCUGUGGGUUUCUUGCAUCACCUCUAAGUUUGGGUUUUGGUGUUUUUUGAGGUAUUUUUUGUGUUUUGGGGGGCUUUUUUGUUUAUUUGUGGGUUUUUUUUUGGGGGGAGAGGGUUAUGAUGUGGUCUCACAACACCCCUUUUUGGCAUUUUUUUGGUGUGCGGCAUGCCCAGCCCCUCACGAGGGGAAGCUCGCAGCGGUUUUAACGCUGGGGGGGGGCACCCAAAAAAAAAGGCGGAAAAAGGGAUUUUGGCCCUUUUCCACCAUCUGCCCCCCAGCGGGGGUGGGGGAUGCAGCAGAUUUGGGGGUUUCCUUGCGUUUCUGGAGGGGAGCGGCCCCGAGCUGUGCAAAUAAAGGUGUUUUUUGGAUUUU